UGUUUUUUGUAUUCAUCCAUUUGUGCAUCUGUUGACUAAAGGUCCUGAUCUGUUACCAUUUGUUACCAUAUCUAGUGUCAGCUAAUUCUGGGAACAUUUAUCAGUGAAAUAGAUAAUUUCAGUUAAAUAUUACUUGUACUGUAAUAUAAGUAGUGUGGGCUAAGUUUCUGAAGCAGAUGCAGAAAUGGAGCAGAUGUGUAAAAUAGUCUACUUCUUUCUAUUAGUCUCUCUCAGCCUUGGGACAGAUGGGAAAUUUGCUCAGGGUUUUAUCGCCAUUGCAGGACCUCUACCCAGUGAGUUUGUAAAUAGAUUGUAUUUGCAAGACCAAGUCCUAUCCAAGAAAGGUCAGGGCUCUGCUGUGGCUGAAGCCCAUGGUUACCUUUGCCAGCAAGAUCUUGUGGCUUCCGAGCUGCCAAAGUACUUCUCCCGCCUUCGUGAGAUCGGGGUGACACACUACAAAGUCUUCCUUCCAUGGGCACACAUUCUUCCCAAGGGGGAUGCCAGGAAGCCGGAUGAAGCUCAAGUGCAGUGCUACCAGAAGCUGCUUGAGACCCUGGUUGCCACAGAGCUCAAGGGAGUGGUAGUUCUGCAUCACCAGCAUGUCCCUGGUGCUGUGGCUGCACAGGCCAUGGGUUGCAAAGCCAAUGCUUUUGCUGACCUUUUUGUGGAAUAUGCUGAGUUCAGCUUCCGUGUUUUUGGGGACCUGGUUGAUGUGUGGCUCACCUUCAGCGACCUGCCAGAUGUCCUUAAAAGCCUGCCUUAUGCUGACCCCCAGUACCGAGCCUGGGCCCUAGCUACAGCUCAUCAAAGAGCUUACACCAUCUACCAUGAGAAAUAUGCGCCAGCAGAUGGAAAGCUGUCCAUUGCCUUAGGAAUAGGUCAUGCCUUGGAUAGCGCUUCAUCAGAAUUGCUUUCAGUUUCUCUUCAGGAUUCAGUAGACUUUCUGUCUCUCAGCCUCCAGUAUGGUUGUGGAAACAAAACAGAUUUCUACAAGAAAUUGAACAAAUUCCAGAAUGUCUGGAAGGACACAGACAUCUUGGUUUUUAGUCUGAAGCUCCUUGAUUGUGUUUCCAUGGAAGAGGAUCCUUUCAUACCAGUAGCUGCCAUUGUCACAGCUAUUAAUAAAGAAAAGACACGUACGAUUGGGUAUGAUGUUACUGAAUUCUUGAACUUCUCAUCUCAUGUUUUAAGCAAAACAAAUGCUCUACAGGAGAACCCAGAUGCUGUUCUUGCCCCUCGCUCCUCCUAUCAAACAGUUUGGGAAAUGUUUGCUAAGCAGUCUGAAUUGGAGAGGGAUUCUUUUCUGCAAGAUGUUUUCCCAAGUGGUUUCCUCUGGGGCACAUCCACAGGUGCCUUUAACAUUGAAGGAGCUUGGGCAGAGGAUGGGAAAGGAGAGAGCAUCUGGGAUCAGUUUGGGCACACAGGUCACAUCUACAUGAACCAAACAGCAGACGUGGCAUGUGACAGCUACUAUAAAACCAGCUAUGAUGUUUAUCUACUUAGGGGUCUCCAUCCCCAAAUGUACAAGUUUUCUGUAUCCUGGCCUAGAAUUUUUCCUGAUGGUACCAAUGAGACCAUCAACUCCAAGGGUGUUGAUUAUUACAGCGAAUUAAUUAACAGGUUGCUGGACUCUAACAUUGAGCCCAUGGUGACUCUCUUCCACUGGGACCUCCCACAAGCCCUUCAGGUUCUUGGUGGCUGGCAGAAUGACAGUAUCAUAGAUACUUUUGUAAACUAUGCAGACUUCUGCUUUUCCACUUUUGGGGAUCGGGUCAAGUUCUGGAUUACUUUCCAUGAGCCUUGGGUUAUCAGCUAUGCUGGCUAUGGCACCGGAGAGCAUCCUCCAGGAAUCACUGACCCAGGAGUAGCAUCUUUCAAGGUGGCUCACACAAUUCUCAAGGCUCAUGCCAAGGUCUGGCACUUGUACAAUGACAAAUACCGUUCUCAGCAGCUGGGAAAGGUGGGGCUGGUGCUGAAUUCAGAUUGGGCUGAACCAAAGACUCCAACCAGCUCUGAGGAUGUGAGGGCAUCUGAGAGGUACCUGCAGUUCAUGCUAGGCUGGUUUGCUCACCCUGUAUUUGUUAAUGGUGAUUACCCAGAUAUCCUGAAGUCUCAGAUCCGGGAAGUAAACCAGCAGUGCUCCACAGCAGUUGCACAGCUACCUUUGUUUACAGAGGAGGAGAAGUCCUGGGUGAAAGGGACUGCAGAUUUUUUUGGUCUUUCCCAUUACACUUCCCACCUGGUCAGUGCUGUGACUAAUGGGACCUGCACACCAGACUACAAGAACAUUGGGAACUUCUCCUUGCAUGUAGAUCCUUCUUGGCCACAGACCGCCUCUUCUUGGAUCCAUGUGGUCCCUUGGGGAUUAAGAAGGCUGCUGAAGUUUGUGUCCCAGGAAUAUACAGGGUCAAAGAUCCCAAUUUACAUAGCAGGAAAUGGUAUGCCAACAAAAGACUCAGGGGAUCUUAUUAAUGACACUCUGCGAGUGGAUUAUUUCCACCGGUACAUCAAUGAGGCUCUAAAAGCGGUAAAACUAGAUGGAGUUGAUGUUCGGUCAUAUAUGGCUCGAUCCCUCAUCGAUGGCUUUGAAGGCCCAGUGGGGUACAGCCUAAAAUUUGGGCUGCAUCAUGUGAAUUUUGAAGAUAGCAACAGACCAAGGACUCCCAAGGCAUCUGCUUAUUUCUAUUCCAGGAUUAUUGAAAAAAACGGUUUCCCACCCGAAGUCUUGGACAGAUUUACUACACCAGCAGUGUUUGACCUACCUGUGCCAUCCAAGUUGCCAAAUUUACCAGCAUCAGAAGUUCCCUCCAAGGCAAAAGUUGUCUGGCAGAAGUUUUCAUCUCAAGCAGACUUUGAAAGGGACACAUACUUUUAUGGGACAUUCCCAGAGGACUUUUCUUGGGGUGUGUCUUCUUCUGCCUACCAGAUAGAGGGAGGUUGGGAUGCUGAUGGCAAAGGACCCAGCAUUUGGGACAAUUUCACCCAUAUCCCAGGGAGUAUCAAGAAUAAUGACACUGGAGACAUAGCUUGUGAUAGCUACAACAAGGUGGAAGAAGAUAUCUACCUGCUGAGAGCCUUAGGGGUAAAGAACUAUCGUUUCUCCCUGUCCUGGUCUCGAAUUUUCCCCAGCGGAAGGAACAACUCAAUAAAUAGCCAUGGAGUUGACUACUAUAGCCAUCUUAUUGAUGGGCUGGUUGCAAACAACAUCGCGCCAAUCGUCACUCUCUACCACUGGGACCUUCCACAAGCUCUCCAGGACAUUGGUGGCUGGGAGAACAGCACACUGAUUGACCUGUUUGAUAGUUUUGCCGACUUCUGUUUCCAGACCUUUGGGGACAGGGUGAAGUUUUGGAUUACGCUUAAUGAACCCCAAGUCAUUGCAUGGGCUGGCUACGGCCUUGGGACAUUUCCACCCAACAUCAAUGACCCUGGCAGUGCUCCCUACAGGGUUGCCCACAUCUUACUGAAAGCUCAUGCCAGGGUUUACCACACAUAUGAUGACAAAUACAGAGCAAGUCAGGGAGGGGUCAUUACUUUGUGUCCCAACAUCGAGUGGGUUGAGCCGAAGACACCAAGUGACCCUAGGGACAUAGAAGCUGCAGACAGGCACCUGCAGUUCCUGGUGGGGUGGUUUACACACCCAAUUUUCAAAAAUGGGGACUACCCCGAGGUCAUGAAGUGGAAAGUUGGGAACAGGAGUGAGCUCCAGAACCUGCCAUCAUCUCGCCUACCAGUUUUCACAGCAGAAGAGCGUGAAUACAUCAGGGGCACGGCAGAUGUGUUCUGCUUCAACACCUACACCUCCAAAAUUGUAACCCAUGCAGUGACCCAGUUGAGGCCCUUCUCUUAUGAGUAUGACCAGGAAGUCUCAACAAGUGUUGACAGCUCCUGGCCUUCCUCUGCUAUUUCUGACCAGCGGGCUGUGGCUUGGGGGCUGAGGAGGCUACUGAACUGGAUCAAAGAAGAAUAUGAAAAUCCCCCAAUAUAUAUAAUUGAGAACGGGGUGGGGGUAAAGACCACAUCAGAUGUUGAUGACAAUACCAGGAUAUUUUACUACAAAACAUACAUUGAUGAAACUUUAAAAGCUUACAAUUUGGAUAAUGUUAAUCUGAGAGGAUAUAAUGCUUGGUCUCUUAUGGAUGACUUUGAAUGGCUGAAUGGUUAUGAUCCAAGAUUCGGAUUGCACCAGGUUGACUUUGACAAUCCCAACAGGCCAAGAACCCCAAAGCGCUCUGCUGUGUACUAUGCAGAAAUCAUCCGCAAUAAUGGUAUCCCAAUGCCAAAAGAAGAUGAAUUUUUAUAUGGAGAGUUUCCAAAGAACUUUUGGUGGAGUGUAGCAACUUCAGCAUAUCAGGUUGAGGGAGGGUGGAGAGAAGAUGGGAAAGGACUAAGUAUUUGGGAUCAGUUUUCUCACACUCCCUUGAAAAUCAGCAAUGGUCACACUGGAGAUGUAGCUUGUGACAGCUACCACAAAGUUGAGGAGGAUGUGGAAAUGCUGAAAAGCCUCAAGGUGUCUCACUACCGCUUUUCAAUCUCCUGGUCCCGCGUUCUCCCAGAUGGGACCACCAGAUACAUCAAUGAAAUGGGACUGAACUACUAUGAAAGGCUUAUUGAUGCUCUUUUGGCAGCUAACAUCAUGCCUCAGGUAACUAUCUACCAUUGGGACCUUCCACAGGCGCUGCAAAACGUUGGUGGGUGGGAGAAUGAUACCAUAGUUCAGAGGUUUAAGGAAUAUGCUGAGCUCCUUUUCCAGAGACUGGGAGAUAAAGUGAAAUUUUGGAUAACCCUCAAUGAACCCUACAACACUGCAUAUUUUGGUUAUGGCGUUGGAACAGCUGCCCCAGGCAUUUCCAUUCGACCAGGGCGAGCUCCCUACGUUGUGGGGCACAACUUAAUAAAAGCCCAUGCAGAAGUCUGGCACCUCUACAAUGAGACCUACCGGGCAAAGCAAGGAGGUUUAAUCUCUAUCACUAUCAACUCUGACUGGGCGGAACCAAGGAACCCACACAACCAGGAAGACAUCAGUGCUGCCAGACGAUUCUUGCAGUUUUUCUUAGGUUGGUUUGCUCAUCCCAUUUUCAAAACUGGUGAUUAUAAUGAAGUGAUGAAAACAAGGAUUCGGGAACGCAGCCUGGCUCAAGGUCUGAGCCAGUCCCGGCUUCCAGAAUUCACUGAAAGUGAAAAGCAAAGAAUUAAAGGCACAUAUGACUACUUCGGCCUGAAUCAUUAUACUACAGUAUUAACAUACAACAUGAACUAUCCUGCUGGUGUUCUGUCAUAUGACUCUGACAGGGGUGUAGCUUCAGUAACAGACCGCAGCUGGCUGAACUCAGGUUCCUUCUGGCUAAAGGUGACACCCUUUGGUUUCCGAAAGCUCCUGAGAUGGAUAAAGGAAGAGUACAACAAUCCUCCCAUUUAUGUGACUGAAAAUGGGAUCUCGGAAAGGGGAGCCUCAGACUUCAAUGACACUUGGCGAACACAUUACUAUCGGAGCUACAUUAACGAAGCACUGAAAGCCAUUGUGCUUGACGGUGUUGACUUACGAGGCUACACUGCAUGGACACUGAUGGACAACUUCGAGUGGGCAGUGGGCUUUGAUGAGAAGUUUGGGUUCUACCACGUGAAUUUCACAGACGCUGACUUGCCGCGACACCCCAAGGCCUCUGCCAGGUACUACUCACAGAUCAUAAACUGCAAUGGGUUUCCAGACCCAGCAGCUGGCCCACAUCCUUGUCUGGAACUAGAGCCUGAAGUGCCACCAACAGAUGCCACACCAGGACCAGCUGCCAGUGUGCUCUUCUUGGGAUUAGAAUUAACAUCACAGAGAGCAGAAAUAGCACUGUAUGUGCUUUUUGCUCUUUCAGGAGUUGGAGCAUUGGGCUUGGCUCUUUUUGCAUAUAGGUAUGGAAAGUUAUCUAAAAGAUCCUGUAAAAGAUCACACAUGGAACUUAGUAAACUGUAAAGCUUCCACUUACUUAUUAAAGUGCUUCAUUUUUUAUUGAAAGUCUACAGCAUGAGGGGAAGAAACCUAGUGCUUGUACUGCAGCAACUGUGAUUUGCCCUAGAGACAGCUCCCCAUCAUUUUGUUGUUUGCUCACCAUCUUCAAAGUACAAAAAUAAAAUAUAAGUGGCCCUAA